CACACUUCCUGCACUCGUUUGAAACAGGAGACAGAAGGGGACAUCUCUCGCCUACGCUAGGCUUCCUAACCCCUCUCGCGCCCCUGUUUUUUUUUCGGCUCUGUCGGCCGUAACACUCCAGCUGUGUCCAGCUUGGCUGGAAUCAUCUUUAUUGUUUUAGUAUUAUUAUUUAAAAGAAAACAAAAAUCAGUAUGGCUGACAUGAAGAGUUGGACUCUCACAUUGGCUUUGUUUACAUGUGUUGCUUUUCUGGUCACUACAGAGGCCCAGCAUGCACCUGGCUACUGUUCCUUCUAUGAGGAGUGUGGGAGAAACCCAUCCGUUGAGUCACCGCUGAUCGAACCCAUCAUCCCCUGCUUGAACUACAGCCCGGCCCGGCCACUGCAGGGUGCCCACUACACGAAACUGAUACAGGUGUGCCCCAUGCUGGACCAGGGUGUGGGGAAGACCAAGGCCUGCUGCUCCAUAAACCAGCUCAACUCCUUACAAAAGAGCCUGCAGCUGUCCAAGGCCGUGCUGAACCGCUGCCCGUCCUGUGCGGAAAACUUCGCCCACAUCCACUGCAUCAACACCUGCAGCCCCGACCAGAGCCAGAUAGUCAACAUCACGCAGGUGAUGAACAUGACGAUCACGACGACGCCUGCCCCCAGCACUAACGGAACGGCGGUGAACGAGACGCGGGAGGUGGUGUUGGGAUACCAGUCGUUCAUAUCCAAUACGUUCGCCGAAGCCGCCUUCCAGUCGUGCAAGAACGUACGCAUCCCGGCCACCGGCGGUUACGCCAUCGCUACCAUGUGUGGCCGCUACGGUUCGGCCCUCUGCACGGCGCAACGCUGGUAUGACUUUCAGGGAGACUCCAGCAACGGGCUGGCACCGCUCAAAGUCGAAUUCAACCUGGUGCCCGAAGGCCAACCGGCACCACCGGGUAUGGUGGUGUACUCGGGCCGGGCGCUCGGCUGCAACGAGAACACGACGACCGGUGGCCAGGCCUGCUCGUGCCAGGACUGCAAGGAGUCCUGUCCAGCUUUGCCCCCGCUGCCUGAGCCUGCCAAGCCCUUCGCCGUCGGGCAGCUGGACGGCGUGCUGGUCAUCUGCAUCAUCGUCUUCAGCUGUCUCUCCGCUGUCUUCCUGGGCUUCCUGAUCUUCAAGUUCAAGAGACAGCACUCAAAGAGGAAGGACUCUGAGAAGGGUGGCCACAAGAAAGAUAGAAACGGCAACACAGUGAGUGAGGCACACCCCAUCAUCGAUCCCAAGGACAUUUCGUGCACAGACAGGAACAGUCUGGCCACCCAGGAGUUCCUGGGCUCCUUCUUCCGGGCCUGGGGCACAAUGAUGGCUGAAAACCCCGUCAAGGUGCUGCUGGCGUGCCUGGUGGUGGUGGUGGUGUUCGCCAUCGGGCUGUACAAGAUUGAGCUGACCACUGACCCAGUGCAGCUGUGGUCGGUAAGCCCAUCAGCAGCCGCCGCCCCUAAAAGGGACUUCCAUGACCAACCGCCCGACCCCCUUCCCGCGACGAACCAGCUCAUCCUGACUGCGCCUCAACGCCCUGGUCAUAUGUAUGACUCCCUGGUUUUUGGAAUGCAGAACUUCAGUGGCAUCCUCUCUAAAGACCUCAUCGAGCAAGUCCUGGAGCUCCAGCAGAGGAUCCAGGCCAUAGAGUUCUUCUCGGAGGACCUCCAGCGCAACGUGAGCCUGAAGGACGUCUGCUUCGCCCCUCUGAACCCCAGCAACCCCAGCAUCACCGACUGCGCCGUCAACAGUCUGCCCCAGUACUUCCAGAACAGCAUGGAGAACCUGGACGCUAAGGCCAACAUGACACAGCUGGGCGUGACCAAGGAGGUGGACUGGAGGGAUCACUUCAUCUACUGCGUGAACUCUCCCUUGUCCUUCAAAGACAUCACUGCUUUGGGGAUGAGCUGUAUGGCAGACUACGGAGGCCCGGUAUUCCCCUUCCUGGCUGUGGGAGGAUAUAAAGGUCAGGACUUUACUCAAGCUGAAGCCUUGAUCAUGACAUUCUCUCUGAACAACUACCCUCGGGACGACCCCAAGUUUAAGGUGGUGCUCGAGUGGGAGCAACGCUUCCUGGACAUCAUCCAGGCUUACCAGAUUGACCCCCAAGUUAACUUCACCUUCGCUUACAUGGCUGAAAGGUCCCUGGAGGACGAGAUCAACAGGACCACAGCGGAGGACAUCCCCAUCUUCAUGAUCAGCUACGCCGUCAUCUUCCUCUACAUCGCUCUGGCCCUGGGGGAUUACUCCUCAUGCAAACGCAUACUGGUGGACUCUAGGCUGCUGGUGGGCCUGGGCGGGAUCCUGGUGGUGGGCUGCUCCGUGCUGGCCUCCAUGGGCUUCUACGCCUGGAUCGGCAUCCCCUCCUCCCUGGUCAUCCUGCAGGUGGUGCCCUUCCUGGUGCUGGCCGUGGGCGCCGACAACAUCUUCAUCCUUGUCUUGGAGUAUCAGAGGGACACGCGGCAGGUGGGCGAGUCGAGACAGAAGCAGAUCGGUCGCGUCCUGGGGAACGUGGCUCCCAGCAUGCUCCUCUGCAGCCUCUCCGAGUCCAUCUGCUUCUUCAUGGGUGCUCUGAGCACGAUGCCAGCGGUCAGGUCGUUCGCCCUGUAUGCCGCGCUGGCGGUCCUCAUGGACUUCAUGCUGCAGAUGACAGCGUUCGUGGCUCUGCUCUCGCUGGACGUACGUCGUCAGGAUGCCUCGCGCUGCGAGGUGGCCUGCUGCGUCACCGUGUCCACUCCGCGGUCUACGAAGCCCAACCAGGGCAUCCUGCUACCCUUCAUGAAGAAAUUCUAUGCCCCUGUGCUGCUUCACCCCGUCACCAGGAUAUUGGUGAUGGUGGUGUUCAUGUUUAUGUUCUGCUCCUGUAUAUUCCUCAUGUUCCAUGUGAAAGUGGGUCUUGACCAAGAGCUGUCCAUGCCAACGAACUCCUACAUGCUGGAAUACUUCAAAUACCUGUACAAGUACCUGGAGGUCGGUGUGCCGACGUACUUUGUGACGACGAAAGGGUUCAACUUCACCAGUGUAACAGGCAUGAACGCUGUGUGCUCGAGUGUGGGUUGUGAUCCGUUCUCCUUGACUCAGAAGAUUCAGUAUGCCACAGAGUUUCCUGACAGAUCCUACCUCGCCAUCCCAGCAUCCUCGUGGGUGGAUGACUUCAUAGAUUGGCUCAAUCCUGGUUCUAAAUGCUGUCGACUGUACACCAGUGGACCUAACAAAAACAAAUUCUGUCCGGCUUCAGAGACUCAGGACAUCUGCAGGCGCAAAUGUAUUUUGUUCCCACCACUCGAUGGCGUGCUAAGACCCACCGUGGCACAGUUCGAGCGCUACCUGCCUGACUUCCUCAACAACCGGCCUGACCUGCAGUGCCCCAAAGGCGGGUUGGGAGCUUAUGACAAAGCAGUGGUCAGAGACGCAAAUGGAGAAAUCAUAGCAACUCGGUUUAUGGCGUACCACACAACGGUGACCAACUCCCAGGAGUUCACGGCAUCCCUGAAGCGAGCGCGAGAGCUCGCCCUCAACAUCACCAAAACCAUGCGCCAAAUCCCCGGCACAUCACCCGACUUCGAGGUCUUCCCUUACACGGUAACGUACGUGUUCUAUGAGCAGUACCUGACCAUCGUGUCCGAGGGCCUGUUCAACAUCUCGCUGUGCCUGCUGCCCACCUUCGUGGUGUGCUGCAUCCUGCUAGGCCUGGACCUGCGCUCGGGCCUGCUCAACCUCCUCACCAUUGUCAUGAUCACCGUGGACACCGUGGGCAUCAUGACGCUGUGGGGCAUCGACUUCAACGCAGUGUCACUCAUCAACCUCGUCACGGCCGUGGGCAUCUCAGUGGAGUUUGUCUCUCACCUGACGCGCUCCUUCGCCCUCAGCAUCCAGCCCACACACGUGGAGAGGGCCAAGGAGGCCACCGCCAACAUGGGCAGUGCUGUGCUUGCCGGUGUUGCCAUGACCAACCUGCCGGGGAUCGUGGUGCUGGCAUUUGCCAAGGCUCAGCUCAUCCAGAUCUUUUUCUUCAGACUCAACCUAGUCAUCACCCUCCUGGGGCUGGUGCAUGGCCUCAUAUUUCUGCCUGUACUCCUCAGUUUCUUUGGGCCUGGUGUGAACAAGGCAGUGCUGCUGCAGCUCCAGACCAAGAAAGCCAUAGAAAUGGAGGAAUACAACAGUAAGAUGCAUGACAACAUGGGCUACGUGGAGGACCACGACAACACCAACCACACACUCACCUCCUGGCAGGCAGACACCACAACAGAGCGAGAACAGGAGCCUGACGCCAUUAAGACCAAGCUUUAAAUGGACACCACAAUAGAACGAGAACAGGAGCCUAAUGCCAAUAAGACCAAGCUUUAAAUGGACAACUCUGCUACUCCUCUUCAAUCUCCAAUCCUCCAACUGGGGUCCCUAGUCACAUAUACCUCCAUACUCUACAUUGUUUGGGGCCUGCUGAGUAAAGUGAGAGGGAGAGAAGGGUGUGUGUGUGUGUGUGUGUGUGUGUGUGCGUGUGCGUGUUUAUGGUAACGAAUGACCAUAAGGCCAAACACACACCAGUGCAAUAAAAGUAUCUGAAUCACUAUUGAAGCCUGGACCCUGGGCUGAAGGUCCCAGCUUUUAUCACUUCCUUGUGUCAAGCCAUUCACAGUUUAUCGGCUGCAGGCACACAGGCAGCAGACUUAGGACUUACCACAGGAGAACACCUCACUAAUAGUCUGGUGAGACAGCCAACACAGAACUAACUAUGGCAAAGGGACUAACUAUGCCACUUUUUUGGACAACAACAUUAGCCUUCUUCCGUGAAAGCUGCCAGCACAGUCUCAUAGCAGUUACAUAUCAGAUGACCAGAGGAUUGAGAGCUUGCUAUCCGUAGGGGUAAAGGCAGUGUUGUUUUGCUGAUCUUGCCUCAAGUCUGAGAGCACCCUUCCUCUAGAUGGCAGCAGUGAGACUAAGUCAUGAAUGAAGCACUGGAAUGAGCAAAUUCAGAGCUAAAACGCUCAUAUGUAAAAUGAGAAAAGAAAUGCAUUAGAUAGAGUUAGACUCAUAUAUUUUCAGUCUGUCAUUUGUAAAUUUGAUGUACAUGUUUAUUUAACUUAAUUAUUUUUUAUUGUAUACUAGUGUGUAUGUAUCAUGUGGUAUCACUGCAAAUUUGAGGAGCUGGACUUGCACUCUGAAAUGUCCAUUAAGCACUUCACAUGGACAUAGCACUCUCCACCCUUCCUAUCUCUUUUGUGGCAUUUCAGAUGUUAUGGACAGAGCGAGCUUUCAGUGGCGAGUGUUUAAGGGACAUUUGAGAGUUCAGGCCCAGUGACCUACUGUAUCUGUCACACUCCAAAUGUAUGCAGUAAGUGUGCCCAUCAGGUGGCUAGAGCCAAAUGUGUGCAGUACAUGUACCCAUCAGGUGGCUAGAACACUAUUUGAAUUACUUGAGUGUUUGAUAUUAUUUUAUAUCACUAUUUGUCAUUUUAUGUUAAGCCGGAUCAAUUAAGUAAUAAAAUGUCAUUGUAUUUUUUGA